GACAUCUGGCAAAAACAACAUAUGGCAAAAUACAUGUGCAUCUGGUGGACAUACGGCCCAAUGCUCACACAGCUGUUCGGAGCAUGCUAGAUAGCUAAUUAGCGCAGGCGGUCGCCUACUGUCUUCCGUAAACAAGCGCUGUAACGUGGAGAUACGGUCACGUGGGAACACUAACCCUAUCAAGCGCAAAGAUGCAGCCGGUUGAUUCUCUCCUCCACAGUGGCUAUUUUCACGCAACACUCAGAUGCUGGCAGAGCUGCUCCUCAGACUUGAGACCUGAGAAUCUUAUUUACCCCAUCUUCGUCACUGACAGUCCUGAUGCUGUGGAGCCCAUCGCUAGUCUACCAGGCCAGGCCAGAUAUGGAGUGAAUAAACUGGAAGGCAUGCUACGCCCCCUUGUGGAGAAAGGCUUGAAGUGUGUGCUGAUUUUCGGCGUGCCUGCCAAAAUCGCUAAGGAUGAGAGGGGUUCGGGUGCAGACACAGGUGAUACUCCGGCAGUAUUGGCUGUGAAGAAGAUAAGCUCUCUGUUCCCUGACCUGCUGAUGGCCUGUGACGUCUGCCUCUGUCCCUACACCUCACAUGGACACUGUGGAAUCUUGCGGGAGGAUGGCACUCUGGACAAUGGUGCCAGUUGCCAGCGUCUGGCAGAAGUGGCAUUGGCUUACGCACGUGCUGGCUGUCACAUCAUUGCACCCUCUGAUAUGAUGGAUGGGCGAGUGGGAGCCAUCAAACAAUCACUGAUGUCCAAUGACAUGGGCAACAAGGUUUCAGUACUAAGCUACAGUGCUAAAUUUGCUUCCUGUUACUAUGGUCCCUUCAGAGAUGCAGCACAGUCCACACCAGCAUUUGGAGACAGGCGUUGUUAUCAGCUGCCACCUGGUGCAAGGGGCCUGGCACUGCGAGCUGUGGACAGAGACGUCAAGGAGGGGGCAGAUAUGCUGAUGGUGAAGCCAGGACUGCCCUAUCUGGACAUAGUGAGGGAGGUCAAAGACAAGCACCCCAAUCACCCACUGGCGGUGUAUAACGUGUCAGGGGAGUUUGCCAUGCUGUGGCAUGGAGCUCAGGCUGGAGCCUUUGACCUGCGCACCGCUGUACUGGAGUCUAUGACCGCCUUCCGCAGGGCAGGUGCUGACAUCAUCAUCACCUACUACGCACCUCAACUGCUCACCUGGCUGAAAGAGUAACAGACAGAAGGAUGGACCUACGGAUUGACAUGCGAUUAGCUCCUUUUUACCAAGCUGUUCAAUGCUGAACUACACUGACAAAUGGGGUCUACUGAAGCCAAACUGACAUGUGAGAACAGGCAAUCUAUCUUCAUACAUUAAUUUACAGUUUAUUUUUCUAUAUAACAUUGAUAUUUUAUUCUGGGACUCUUUUUUUAUCAUGUGCAGCAACCACAAAUUUUCACCAAAGAUGGUAUUCUUCUAGCUCGUAACCACAGCAUAUCAAAUAAGGUUUGAAGGGUUAGCCUAAUGUUAGCUUUUACAGUCCCGUUUUUUCAUCUAUCUGUUGAUUGUCUUGGUGGGUUUAUGGGUAUUUUUUACUAUUCUAUAGUUUUCCAAAUUGAGUAAUUAUGGACUUUUAUUUUACUUCUAUUUUAUUCUGUGCCUUCUGUAAUAGCCACUCUGGCUUCAGCACUGAUAUUUACUAGUGUUUGUAAGGUUGGGUUAAGAAACCUGUAAAGCUCUUAUUGACCAGGGUAAAUGGACCUAUCCAAUAUCCACAUUUUUUUGGAUAACAACAAUAAAGCUACAAUCGAGUUUGAAAUAUGG